UUACGGUAAAUGUGCAUCGCCGACUCCUGUGAAACAUGAAGCACUUAAAUUUAAGUUGGGGUUUCUGUUGGGGUUACGGUGCGGCCGGUGAAACUGACAGACAUGGGUUGCUGCUCUAGUUCGGUGUGUUCGGGCGUCUUCAGGAAGAAGACAAAAAAUGAAGGCAAAAAAGGAAAGAAGGAUUGCAAGGAGAUUAACAGCCUUCAGGAUGGAAGCAGUAAGGUGCCUCUUGAGGAGCUGGGCCCCAGCCUAGAGAAGUUGCACGAGCAAUACGAGCAGCAGUUCAGGGCCCUCCAGCAGGCGCUGAAAGCUGCUGGCACCAAGGAGAGGGAGAAGCUGCUGCAGACCCACAGCCAGCAGCUGAGCAGGCUGCUGUGGGACAUCACUGAGAAGGUAAAAGCUGACACUACUGCAGACUUGAAUAUGGUUUAUGAGAAGAAACUUAUGACCAAUACCGAGGAGCACCAGAUCAGAACUGAAGAACUGAAGAAAGCGCAUGACCAAGAGAAGAAAUCUCUGAGGGAGGAUUUUGAAGCAGGUCAGGCCUCAUUGCAGGCGAAGGUAGACGAGCUGACUGCAGACCUGAAGCUGUUUAACGAGUUGAAGCGGAGUGUGGAGGAGUCGAGCCUGAAGAGGGACUUGCAGCGGAACAUUCAGGCACAAGGAAGCCCUGGGGCAUUCUGGGAACAGGAGCUGGAGAGCCUGCUGUUUGUCAUUGAGAUGAAGAGUAAGAAGUUGCAGGAUCAGUGGAGGAAGCUGCAGCAGGCUGAGGUGCUGGUGGAGAAGAAUAGCACCAUGGAGGACCAAGUGAAACAUGUCCUCCAGCAGAAUGAAGACCUGGAGGCCCGCAUCAGUAGCCAUCAAACCCUGAUCCAACGUCUGUCCAAGGAGCAGGAAAGCCUACAGGAGGCCCUGAGGAAAGAGGCUCUGCUGAUUCAGAAGCUGAGCCAGGAAAAGGAGGAGCUCCUGUACAGGCUCCUGCAGCAGGAGCCUGGGCUCGCCCUCCGCCCGUCGCCCAUCGCGCCACAGCUGACCCCCAGCUGAUCCCGCCAACUCCCCCCACUGACGGAGCAACCCCGCGCCGGACAAACCUGGAACCCUACCACCCCGAGGCCAGAGCCAGUACAGACCAGGCCGUACAAGUCCGUUCCACUUCCUGUGUGAAAUCUUCACACGUAUAAUUCCGACAGCAGCUUGAGCAGUCAUCCAGGUCGAGAGACCCCCUGAACGUGGCCGACAUCUGUACUCGGCUAAUGGACCGUUUCUCAUUUCUGCGCCUGUCUGUCACAGGAAGCUGAUGGCUGGAGCUGCAGCCGUUCGCGAGCCGAACGCGGUUUGGAAGGUUUCUAUGCGUUGUUUAUCAAAUGAGUGUUUGUUGUGCGUGCCUUGUGCACUGUCAGAAUACUGUCACACAUUUCUCCAGUUCCUCUAUUACAGUGGUAAUGGAGAUGGGAGCAUCUGUAGCAGUCCUGUCUACGAGCCAAAGAUAUUCUGUAUAAGCGCGUUAUUAUUGAGCUUGCCAUUUGUAUUAUUUCUCCUUAAACAUGGUAGUUUUCAUUUUCAAGAGAUUCAUUCAUCCCCACUGAAUAUUUGCAUGUGGUGAAGCCUACUGUGCCCAGGAGUGGGUUUAUUUGUACACUGGCUUGUCAGUUUUUUUAACAUGCAGUGAAAAUCUUGUCUCGGUGAAAUGGGGACAUGGACACAUUUAAGACUGCUCCAGGUCUGGACAUGGAAUUACAUGCAGGACUUCCCAUUUAAGGUGCAGCAGUAUAUUGACCUGCUGACAACUCAUUAGCGACAAUGAUUUUAUUUUUUAUUUUAUUUACCUGUGUAUUAUUUUUGUAUCAGUUUUUGUAUUAAAACUAGAAACAAAACGCACUUAUAAGUGUAGAUUUGAAAACUGUGCAUAUUCAGCACUCGGGCACUUUUGAAUCAGUGUUUUAGUCAUGUUUUAAUCCAAGGAUCUGAAUUUGUGUGUGUGCUUGUGAAUGCAUUUGUUUAGCAUGCAUAUUGAUGUGUGUUGAAAAUCAGAUGUGCGACUUGUGCCGUUUUCACUUUAAGUGAAAUGUUAUAUCAGAACGUUAAAUGUUGUAUCAGAAUGUUGAAUGUGAAUAUAGGGCUCGUUUCACAAAAUAAUACAGCAUGCAAGCUCAUAUGCGAUCAACUUGUUGGAGCAUUUGACGAAGACAAUAGAAUUUCUUUCCACUAACUCAUCUCGUGAAGAGCGGAUUUGUUGUAACCCUGGAGUGGUAGAAAAUGUAUUAUGAUCUACAAACGAUACAUUGUUUUAUUUUAUUAUUUUUUGUGAAACCCAUUUUGAUACAUUAUUCACAAAUCGAGAAUGAAACACUGGCAUACUGCUUUCAUGAAACGAGCCCCUCCUGUUUUCUGUAAAUUAUGUUGGUUCAAUCUUCUGUUCUCAAAAUCAAGUCAAAAUAAAUAGUAUUCUUUUA